AUCUUCCUACAGUCCUUGAUGCAAGAGCAGCAGUGGCUGUAGUGCAGCAGUAGACUCCCAGCAGCCAUGGAUGGUGGGUGCGUCAAUAACGUUAUCCUUCUGGCAGACAGUUACAAGGUGUCUCACUACCAGCAGUAUCCGCCGGGAACAACACUUCUCUACUCCUACUUCGAGUCUCGCGGUGGCAAGUUCCCCUACUCAUGUUUCUUCGGACUACAAUACGUGCUGAAGCGGUGGCUGGUUGGCCCCGUAGUCACCCGCCAGGCCAUCCAGGAGGCCAAGGAGAUCUACUCUGGAGUAUAUAUGAACGACAAAGACUUCAACGAGGACGGCUGGAACUAUAUUCUGGAGCAUCACGGUGGACGUCUGCCUUUAAGGAUAAAGGCUGUGCCGGAGGGAACCAUCUUGCCCACCAGGAACGUUCUCUUUACCGUCGAGAACACCGACCCUGCCGUCCCCUGGCUCACCAACUUCUUUGAG